UGUGGUUGGCUGCAGUCUCUAAAAAGGUUCAAGCUAUUUUUUUACAGCUUAGUGUCUGUGGCUCCGUAAUUAAUUGUAGCUAGCUGUCUCAUAUCGACGUGUUUUUAAGGAACAUGAAAUAGUUGUUGUGUUUUUUAAUUAGAGGAGUCUGCCAGAGCUAGAGAUUUGAAGUCCAACUGCUGCUGCUGCUGGUUGUUGCUACUCUGUCUUUACUUGUGAUGUUGGAUAUGGGAGAAAGGAAAGAAGUCAAAAUGAUUCCUAAAUCAUCGUUCAGUAUAAACAGUCUGGUUCCCGAAGCCGUGCAAAGCGACAACCACCACCAACAACACCACCACCAGCACCACAGAGUGGUGCAUGAGGAAGAGGAGAAGACUCCUUUACCUGUCCAAGCACAGGAGCAGAAGUCGGAGAACACUUGCGCUAAAAGUGACAAUUCAUCCCACGACUCCUCGUGCACCGACGAGAAGGACAAGCAGGAAGAGAAACGGGACUCGAAGGAGGGCGAAGGAGGCAAAGAAGGCGACAAGAAAAACGGCAAGUACGAGAAACCUCCUUUUAGCUACAACGCUUUGAUUAUGAUGGCUAUCCGGCAGAGUCCGGAGAAGCGGUUAACCCUUAACGGCAUUUACGAGUUCAUUAUGAAAAAUUUCCCGUAUUACCGGGAGAACAAGCAGGGAUGGCAGAAUUCCAUCAGACACAACCUGAGUUUGAACAAAUGUUUCGUCAAAGUGCCCCGGCACUACGAUGACCCCGGGAAGGGGAACUACUGGAUGCUUGACCCCUCCAGCGACGACGUGUUCAUUGGCGGCACAACGGGCAAACUUCGGCGGAGAUCGACCACUUCUAGGGCAAAGCUGGCGUUUAAAAGGGGCGCGAGGCUAACUUCCACCGGACUGACAUUUAUGGAUAGAGCUGGCUCUUUAUAUUGGCCCAUGUCGCCGUUCCUCUCGCUCCACCAUCCGAGAGCGAGCAGCGCGUUGAGUUACAACGGCACGUCCUCGGCUUACCCUAGUCACCCGAUGUCCUAUAGCACAAUGUUGACUCAAAACAGUUUGGGGAGCAAUCACUCUUUCCCUGCCUCCAAUGGCUUGACUGUUGACAGACUCGUGAAUGGAGAGAUUCCGUACGCCACACACCACCUCACAGCGGCCGCUUUGGCCGCCUCUGUGCCAUGUGGGCUCUCCGUGCCCUGCUCCGGGACGUACUCUUUGAAUCCGUGUUCAGUGAACCUGCUGGCGGGCCAGACCAGUUACUUCUUCCCCCACGUCCCUCACCCAUCCAUGACCUCCCAGAGCAGCACGUCCAUGAGCUCCAGGGCCGUCUCUUCCUCCUCCCCGCAAACGGCCUCCUCUCUCGCGUGUGACUCCUUAAGGCCUUCCCUUACUAGUUUUUCCUCCGGACUUUCCAGCGGACUUUCUGACUACUUCACACAUCAGAAUCAAGGGUCAACAUCAAAUCCACUUAUACACUAACUAGCAUCCACAGGAUCAGACUACUUUGAGGGGAACACCAACACCCCCCAAAUUUAUGUUGUGGUCAAUCAACAUGAGUUCAUCUUGAACUUUUACCUUUGGUUAGCUACAUCCUUGGGUCUGGAGACACAUGCAUGGUUUCCCAAUAAAUCUGUCCUGUCUUUAUAAUUUGCAAAUGUACACAAUGGUGUCCCUCCAUGGUACAUCGUUCUAACACAGAACAGCUAAACUACACAUACCACCUUCUCACAUGCUGAAUGUGUUCAGGGGACACAAAGCCUAGCCUCACUCUUCUCAUUAUCUUAAUCUACUGCUUUCACCUGUGCCCAGCUCCAGCAGGAACACUCUCAUAUAUCGACCUGCUGGCCACAAAGAGCCGCCGCUCCACCGCUAAAGCCCAGUAAGCGAUACCUCAGGGUGUCAUACUGAAAAUUAGGCUUGGAUUCAUCCAGGGAGUCUUGCGAGACCACAGGAGAAGUCUUUAUUCAAAACAGAUGUGCUGCAAUACACCAGGCCCGUGCAAUGCGUGUCUGUUUUCAGACAGCUAAUCUGCGAGUAGCAGAGACAAAUAAUGAAUCAAAUGCGUUUGGAGUUUUUGUGAGGUCACGGGUGGGAGGGGGUUCAACAGGGUUUGGGUCAGGGUGGAUAGAAGACAUGCGGCAAGUGGAACAUCAUCAAAAGCUUUGUUUUAUUAGACUGCAUUUUAUGUGUAUGUGAACUGAUGCUGUGUUGUCUGCAAUUAUUGCAAAGCCCUGAUCAUUACUCUUGCUGCAAACACACAAGAAGCACCUGCACCACAGUAACAAAGCACCUGUGCGGUUAUCAUGCAAUGACAAUCAUAUGCUGCAUGUAAUGGAAGGAGGGACCAGUAUGUCAUAAAGACCACUAAUGGAAUAACAUCAGUAAGAAUAGUGUACAUCUGUCAUUCAGCCACUGAAAUACAUCUGAUUAGAGAGUAAUUAAGUGACCUGCAAAGCCCUAUGUGACAGAUUCAUAUAUAUACCUGACAUCUCAGAGGUGUAACUGGUAUCAUGAGGGCAAAAGAUUUAGCACGAGUGUCUAUACAGAGAAGAAUAUUUAUGAAAACUGAUGACACCAUUGACAGCCACACUUAGGCCUACUGUUACCAACUGUAAGAAUAUGAACAGACAAGCAAACAAGCAACAAUGGCCUGUAAUUGAAAAACUGUGCAUCCCACCAGAGGACAGAAUGAAUGUUUUGAGCUUUCAUUUCAAAGCAUUUGUCUUAAAUCAGUUGAGUCAGCCUCUAAUUAUGUAAAAUAUGGAAAACAACGGAUAUAAUAGGCUACCUAAAAAUAACGGGCUUUGUCUGCAGACGGAGUACAUGAAAGGUUGUCCAACAUGUUUCAGUUUCCAAGAACUCACAUAAAAAUGGAUUAUGAGGUUUUUGCUUUGUACUGGUAAGAUAAAGGUUGUUAGCAUUGCUUUUCAUGCAAGGUUGCCAUGCAUAAACAUUUACGAUGUCUCAGACACUAUCAUUUAAAUAUGUUGCAUUUAUAUAAAUAUGGUUAAUAUAAAUAUCUUGAUGGAUGAAUCAUAACAGCAUGUAUUGUAAUUUGCCAGGGGUUAACAGUAGGUGAUUUAGUGAGCUUUGUAUUUGUUGUAUAUACUUGCUAUAAAUAAAAAUGUGAGGUUA